UUUUUUUUAGCCGGUGUACCUCUCCCGUCUUUUCGUAUGUUUUCCAUUAUCUUUCUGCAGUGCGCGGGUUUAAUCAAAAGCUCAUUGACAAAUUUAGUGAUAUUUUUUUUUUUCUCUUCAGGAUUUUCAAUCAUUCUGUCAAUAAAAAUCCUCUCUUUAUUUAUCUGUAUAAGUGUUGUAAACUACUGGUUUAGCAAGCUUAGCAUCUAAAUCCUUUGUUUCCUUAGCCUCUUUCUCCACAACAUUCUUUUCAGCAGGUUUAUUAGCUAAAUAAGUCUGGCCGGCUUGUUAUUGCUUCAAACACAAUGUUUGGGUGCAUAAUCUCGGUCAAGACAUCUUCUAUAGGGUUAUAAGCUUUUUUUUUUGCCAUGCUCAUCCGAAAUAAAAAGCGUUUAUUAUUGCAUAAAUCUCAAAAGUUUGAACAAUAUAUAUAUAUAUAUAAAGGGGAGGGGGGCGACAACUUGUUUUGGCACUAAACUGAUCCAACAAUCCUUGUUUCCUUCGACUCGGACUCCAAUGUGGUAACAUCUCGUCCAUAGUAUCUCUGGUGGAAGAAAUAACACUGCUUGCUUUAUUUUACUUGAUCC